AUGCGAGUAACGUUUUUAUUAAUUGUCUGUUUAUUACCAUUGAUAUAUGGUGAAAAAUUUCAUUUGCCAGCACUAGACAAACUUGAUGAACAUAUUGGUAAUCUUUGGUCAAAGUUUAAAACGGGUUAUGGUUUUGUUUACAAUACACCUGUGGAAGAGCUUCAACGUUUUAAUAUUUUCAAUGAAAAUGUUAAAAUGAUCUUGCAACAUAACCUUGAAGAAGAUCUUGGUCUUCAUACAUAUCGCUUAGGCAUAAAUCAAUUUGCUGCUCUUUCAAAUGAAGAAUUUCGAAAAACAAUGAAUGGUUAUCGUCGUCAAAAGAAUGAUCGAAAUCAAGAUGUACGAAGUCAACAAAUCCCCAUUUCACCGUAUGUUGCUAUACCGGUGUCUGUUGACUGGCGUGAUCAAGGCAUUGUUACACCAGUCAAAGAUCAAGGACAAUGUGGUAGUUGUUGGGCAUUUAGUACGGGUCAACAUGCACGUUCCACUGGAAAAUUAGUUAGUUUAAGUGAACAACAAUUAGUCGACUGUUCAACAAAUUGGGGUAAUGAAGGAUGUAACGGUGGAUUAAUGGAUAAUGCAUUCAAAUACGUUCACGAUAACAAAGGUAUCGAUGAUAAUGUAACAUAUCCAUAUUUAGCACAGGAUGGCACUUGCAAAUUUAAACGAAAAGCUGUUGCAUCAACCUGUGAUAGUUUUGUUGAUAUCCCUUCGGGUGUUUAUUCUGAUCCAGAAUGUUCAUCGGAAGACCUUGAUCAUGGUGUUUUAGCAGUUGGUUAUGGUACACUUAAGGAUGCAACGAAAGCAAAGCAAGACUAUUACAUUGUUAAAAAUAGCUGGUCAGAAAAUUGGGGUGAUAAAGGAUACUUGAAAAUGGCACGAAAUAAAAAAAACAUGUGUGGUAUCGCCACAGCAGCAUCCUAUCCUGUAGUUACAGAUAAAACUACAAUUAAAGAUUUGCUUACAUAA